AAAAAAAAGACUUAAAAAAUUCAAUCAGCUCUAUUGUAUAAUCGUUGUAUAGGAACGAUUAUUAUUGUGUAAACUUGUUUUAAAUAAUGGAAUUGUCGUGAAAAUUCUUAAAUAAAAAAAAAAAAAAGCACAUAACAGAUAUUUGGCACGCAAUGGAGGCAAAGUGCGCAAUGGAAACAUUCUAUUAGGAGCGAUAACUUGAAUUUUUAAAAAAAAAUACUCCCAGCUACAGAUUUUCUGUUUAAAAUAGUUUUACUUAAUUUAUUAUCGGUAAAUAAUAUUGCAAUAAAAUGAUAGAUUUAUCAUAAUUAUAACUUUAACGAAUUUUAAUAACCCUUUUAUUGCUUUAUCUAAAAUAAGCUGCCUACUGAUUAAGGUGUAUAAUUGAAUUAUCAGGAUUAUCACACCUAUGCUAACUGAUUAAAUCACGCAUCUGGUAAGUACUUAACGCUAUUUUAAUUGGUUACAUCAAGAAAGAGCGCACGUGUUUAUUGAUCUAAUUAUCGCUGUAUAAUGUCUUUUAAUGUAUAAAAAAGUAAUUAAGUAAGUUUUGAGAUUAAAUAUCCUAAUGCUACGAUUGUUCCAAGUUGUAUUAUCGCCUUUCUUAGAUAUACAAGUAUAAAUUAUUCUGAAAAAUGUUAACACAUUAUAAAUAAAGGGUCAUAGGUUUACUGAGCAGUGUGUAAAUAUUAUAAACUUUUUGUUUAUAUGUACCAUACUAUUGUUGUUAAACAUAUCAUUUUAUAUUUCUUAUCUUAUCUGUAUAAUUGGAUGAAUAUUUAGAAAAUACUCACAGUUGUCUGUUUAAAAUUGUUUGAAAGAUUUUAUUUACUCUCGGUAAAUGCUGUUGCAAUAAAAUAGUAGAUGUAUCGUAAUUAUAAUUACAUCUAUCAUUAAUAAUAACCCUUAUAUAACUGCCGACUUAAAAAAUUCAAUGAACUCUAUUGUAUAAUCGUUGUAUAGGAACGAUUAUUAUUGUGUAAACUUGUUUGAAAUAAAGGAAUUGUCGUGAAAAUUCUUUAAAAAAAUUUAGGCACAUAACAGAUAUUUGUGCUAAAUCACUGGCACGCAAUGGAGGCAAAGUGCGCAAUGGAAACAUUCUAUUAGGAGCGAUAACUUGAUUUUUUUUAAAAAAAUACUCCCAGCUACAGAUUUUCUGUUUAAAAUAGUUUUAUCGGUAAAUAAUAUUGCAAUAAAAUGAUAGAUAUAUCAUAAUUAUAACUUUAACGAAUUUUAAUAACCCUUUUAUUGCUUUAUCUAAAAUAAGCUGCCGACUGAUUAAGGUGUAUAAUUGAAUUAUCAGGAUUAUCACACCUAUGCUAACUGAUUAAAUCACGCAUCUGGUAAGUACUUCACGCUAUUUUAAUUGAGCAGUGUGUAAAUAUUAUAUUUUUUUUGUUUAUAUGUACCAUACUAUACUACUGCCUCGACGGAAAGAUUACAAGGACGCCACAAACGCCGCUGGAAAAGGACUUGUUAUCCAACUUCUUGUUAACCAUCUAAAACCGAAUGUGAAGACUAAAAACAACGCGACAGAGAGAUACAACAAACAACCCUGACAUCCCUUACUGAUGACUAUGAGAAGUCCAAACAAAAAUGAAAUAAAUAACCUUGAGUUAUAUUUAAAUGAUGUAUAUGGAAACAAAUGUGUGUUCAAAGCAGAACCAGGGGAAAUAGAGUUUAUACAGGCAGGUAUCAAAAUCAUUGUGCAGAAAAUAGUUCAUCUGGUACUAGAAAAUAUCUCUUUAACUGCAGGCGAAGAAGAGGUCCUCUUAAAUUUAGAAGAAGCAUAUUUUCCAAUAAAGAAGAAACAAGUAAAAACUGCAAAAAGUAGCAUAAUCCAAGUGGGAAGCAUCAGUGAAGGAACAAAGAACAGUUUUCCAGAUGAAUUUGAUAUCAUUUUUCCAAUUUACCUAGUAAAAACUUAUGCGGGAUGGUGUCCACGUACAAAAUUAUUGUCAAAAGCAUAUGAACAAAUAAAGACUGUUACUACUCGUCCUCAUACAGAGUGCUUGAAUCAUAUUUGUCCGAAUGAAACACUGAAUGUAACAAAAUCACUUCACUUUGAUCGGUAUGUGAGGGAACAUGGUCCAGCAUCUGUGUUACGAUUUAUUUAUAAGAAUGGAUUAGGAGAUGAAAAAUAUAUCCAUGUUGAUCUUGUUCCGGCUAUUAAAAUUACUGUUUUGGGUGAUCAAAGAGAUUGGUAUGAAAAAUUUAAUGGAAAGUAUUUCAACCCAAAGUUAGUGUCACUCUGUUCAAAGAUCAUGUCAGAUAAGAACUAUUUAGAAGUAGAUGGUAGAAUUUCAUUUACUGAGAGUGAGUCACAUUUUAUGAGAAACAUCUUAUCAAAGAAACAUUCGAAAGUAUACAGGAUACUGAAGAUUCUCAUAAACGGACAUGGCGAUGGUGAGAUACUGAAUCUGUACUUUCGUACAGACCCUCAUUCAUCUGAGAAAGGCUAUUCAUCACACAAGAUAAAGACCAUGAUGUUUCAUCAUCAUCAUGAAUGUAAAAACCCUGGUGAGGAGACAAUAGGAGAUUGUGUAAAACAAGUACUAGAGGAAAUGUGUAAAGAUAGUAAUAAUGAAAAUCAUACAGUUUGGGGAACGGACAGCAUCUUACAAACACAAUGUCUUUUAUUGCCUUACCUAGAAAAACUUCUAGAAGGUCUUAAAUCCAUCCAGACUUCAGAAGACAGUUAUGACUAUGAGAAGCUCAGAAUGAAGUCUGUAUCAAAACGUUAUCUAGACGCUUUAAAAGAAAAAGAAUAUUUAGACAGAGAUAAACAAGGAAAUGCUGUGUGUUCCAGAUCCAAGCUUUGAUGGCUUGUUGAAAUUUGCAGAUGAAAUAGAUUUAAUCCCCACCUCAGCAAAAAGUUGAGGAAAUCCCGUUCUAGAUCAAAAAGACACGGACUUUGAACCUGACUCGUCUGUUGUUCUAUUUGAAAUAACUGGCAUCUUAGGUUAAUUUAAAAUGUUCUUAAUCUUUCUUCUUUAAAAUGAAAUAUUUUUAUGCGCAAAUGCGAAAGACUGGGCAAUUUAAAACAAGUGUAGAAAACAAUGACACUGUUCUUAGAAUGUGUUCUUUUUGUUCCUGUUAGGACUUAUGUCAAUGUUUCCUUUCCAUUUACUCAAAAUAUGCAAUUUUCUGAGCAACUCCUUGAUGACUCAUCUAUAGACGCCAUUCUCUUCAAUUGUAAUAAGUAAAUUGUCCAGUUUUCAAAUUAAUGUAUUAUUGUGCUAUAUUUGUUCUUAACAGAUCAGCAUAAAAAAUGCUUUGAUACAAAGAAAGUAAAAUGUUUUGAUCAUGACCUUUGACCUUCAAGUAUGCCUAGUGACCUGGUCCAUUCACAACACUGUGUGUCGUCUUGAUAAGGACAACUGAAGCUAAUUUGAUGAAAAUCGUUAAAUAAAGACCAGACCAUAAAUUUCAGCUAUCUAAUGCUUGAUCAAUAAUUUGACCCUGACCUUGAACUUAGUGACUCAGGUCAUGUGACCUGCAAUGCAAUUUUGAUGAUGUUAUCAAAUAAUACACGUUUUACAAAGAAGUUCUUUACAGUUUUGAUGAUAAGGAGAGGAAAAGAAAUUAUGCUUUUUUUGAUAUUUCAUUACUUCUCAUGAACAGACCCAAUCAUUCUGAGUCUUGAUAAAGGAUUCCUGCACAAUGAUAUAUGCAAAAUAUCUAAGCUGUAUGCUUUCAGGUAUUAGAUUAUAAGAUUUUCAAAGUUUUUUCUUGAUUAAUACAUAGCAAAACAUUUACCAAGAUUUAAUCUUAAAACAACAUUAGCAACAUAUAUGUUCCGCUCAGAGAUGUCCAUUCUAAAGACAAUUCUUUGUUACAGACUGUCACUUUCAUAAUACAUGCAUCGAAAGGAUCUUUCAUGAAUUUUAUUCAUUAUUCUAACACGAUACGAUUAAUUUUCCUACUAAACAAAGAGGGCAGAAAACUGUGAAUUAUUAUACAACAAAUCACUGUCCUGACGUCACUAUUAUUACGUCAUGGCGUCAAACGGCAUAGCGGCGCGCUGGAAAAGAAACCGAUUGAAAACGGGCAAAUAUUUAAUGAAUGUACUUAAACAUCAUUGGUAACGUGUUAGAAUCGAAAUAAUAUAUCUCAUUUAGUGAUUUGCUCUUGAAUAAAUCAUUGUUUGUCGUUCAGAUGCGUAUACGACAAAUCACUAAAUGAGAUAUAUUAUUUCUUUAUUAAUUUAUGCAGCAUCAGCUGGUCAGUUCA